AUGACAAACGCUGAACAGAAUUCUGCUUCAGAGGAGGCCGUCCAGGUGGCUUCAACUGGUGAAAUUGAAAGUAAUUAUGAUGAAAUUGUGGAAUGUUUUGAAGCUUUAAAUUUAGAGGGUGAUUUAUUGAGAGGUAUUUUUGCUUAUGGUUUUGAGAAGCCAUCAGCAAUUCAACAGAGAGGAAUUAAACCAAUUUUGGAUGGUUAUGACACAAUAGGACAGGCUCAAUCAGGUACUGGUAAGACAGCAACUUUCGUCAUUGCAGCCCUACAGAAGAUUGACUAUUCUUUGAAUGCCUGCCAAGUGCUUUUACUUGCUCCAACUCGUGAGUUAGCUCAACAGAUUCAAAAAGUAGCUUUGGCAUUAGGAGAUUAUUGUGAACUUAGAUGCCAUGCUUGCGUUGGUGGUACUUCUGUUAGAGAUGACAUGAAUAAAUUAAAGAGUGGUGUUCAUAUGGUUGUUGGUACUCCAGGCAGAGUUUUUGAUAUGCUUGAUAAGGGUUACUUAAGAGUUGAUAAUCUCAAGUUAUUCAUAUUAGAUGAGGCGGAUGAGAUGUUAAGCAGGGGUUUCAAGGUUCAGAUUCACGAUAUCUUUAAAAAGCUUCCUCAGGAUGUACAGGUAGCUUUAUUCUCAGCCACCAUGCCAAACGAAAUUUUACAUCUCACAACCCAGUUUAUGAGAGACCCAAAACGUAUUCUAGUAAAACAGGAGGAACUAACUUUGGAAGGUAUUCGUCAGUUCUACGUUGGUGUUGAAAAAGACGAAUGGAAAAUGGAUACUUUAAUUGACUUAUAUGAGACUCUUACAAUUGUACAGGCAAUUAUUUACUGCAACACAAGAAGACGAGUUGACCAACUUACAAAACAAAUGAGAGAGAGGGACUUUACAUGUUCAUCUAUGCACGGAGAUAUGGACCAGAAGGACCGUGAGGUAAUUAUGAGACAAUUCAGAUCAGGCUCUUCUCGUGUUUUAAUUACUACAGAUUUACUGGCAAGAGGUAUUGAUGUUCAGCAAGUUUCUCUUGUAAUUAACUAUGAUUUACCUGUCUCACCAGAAACUUAUAUUCACAGAAUUGGUAGAUCCGGCCGUUUCGGUAAAAAAGGUGUUUCAAUCAACUUUGUUACUGAUGACGACAUUGUCUGUUUGAGAGAUAUUGAGAGACAUUAUAAUACUCAGAUCGAGGAGAUGCCAAUGGGCAUUACUGAUAUUCUACAAUAA